AGCUGCGGCCGCGGCAGCGGUCUUGGCGUGUCCCUCUUCCCUCCGCCUCCUUACGCGGUUCUGCGACGCGGUGUCGGGCCCAGCGGACUUAGCCCCUGGCCAUGGACUCGCAGAAAGAAGCUCUGCAAAGGAUCAUUUCAACUUUGGCAAAUAAAAAUGAUGAAAUUCAGAACUUUAUUGAUACACUAAACCAAACACUAAAAGGAGUUCAGGAAAAUUCUUCUAACGUACUUUCAGAGUUAGAUGAAGAAUUUGAUAGUUUAUACUCUAUAUUGGAUGAGGUGAAAGAAAGUAUGAUUAACAGUAUCAAGCAGGAACAAGCUCGUAAAUCACAAGAGUUACAGAGUCAGCUUAGUCAAUGUAAUAAUGCCCUGGAGAACUCAGAAGAAUUAUUAGAAUUUGCAACACGGUCAUUAGAUAUAAAGGAACCUGAAGAAUUUUCAAAGGCUGCCAGACAGAUCAAGGAUAGAGUGACAAUGGCUUCAGCCUUUCGCCUUUCUUUGAAGCCAAAGGUCAGUGACAACAUGACUCAUUUAAUGGUGGAUUUUUCUCAGGAGAGACAGAUGCUGCAGACUUUGAAGUUUCUGCCAGUCCCCAAAGCUCCAGAGAUAGAUCCGGUAGAGUGUUUGGUGGCUGACAACUCUGUCACAGUAGCUUGGAGAAUGCCAGAAGAAGAUAAUAAGAUUGACCAUUUUAUACUGGAAUAUAGGAAAACUAAUUUCGAUGGACUUCCACGUGUAAAGGAUGAGCGAUGCUGGGAGAUUAUUGAUAAUAUUAAGGGUACUGAAUAUACACUAUCAGGCUUAAAGUUUGAUUCAAAGUAUAUGAAUUUCAGAGUGCGAGCCUGUAACAAGGCUGUGGCUGGAGAGUAUUCUGAUCCAGUGACUCUAGAGACCAAAGCACUUAACUUCAGUUUGGAUAACUCAUCAUCCCAUUUGAACCUGAGAGUUGAAGAUACCUGUGUAGAGUGGGAUCCUACUGGAGGAAAAGGUCAAGAAAAAAUUAAGGGAAAAGAGAACAAGGGCAGAAGUGGUACACCGUCCCCUAAACGGACAUCUGUGGGCUCCAGGCCACCAGCAGUAAGAGGCAGCAGAGAUCGUUUUACUGGGGAAUCAUACACAGUGCUGGGAGACACUGCUAUUGAAAGUGGACAACAUUAUUGGGAGGUCAAGGCCCAGAAGGAUUGUAAAUCCUACAGUGUAGGAGUAGCAUACAAGACUUUGGGGAAAUUUGACCAAUUAGGAAAGACAAACACUAGUUGGUGUAUCCAUGUCAACAACUGGCUACAAAACACAUUUUCAGCAAAGCAUAAUAAUAAAGUCAAAGCCUUGGAUGUUACUGUUCCUGAGAGAAUAGGUGUAUUUUGUGAUUUUGAUGGGGGUCUACUUUCUUUCUAUGAUGCAAACUCAAAACAGUUGUUGUAUUCCUUUAAGACAAAAUUUACUCAGCCAGUACUACCUGGUUUCAUGGUUUGGUGUGGUGGACUUUCUUUGAGUACUGGGAUGCAGGUUCCAAGUGCUGUGAGAACACUUCAGAAAAGUGAAAAUGGAAUGACUGGUUCCACUAGCAGCCUGAACAAUGUUACCCAGUAAUGACUACUCAGAAUACGUUUACCCCCCCGUUUGAUUGGGUGGCUUUUCUGUGGAGUUACUAAUCACAGAAACUUGAGUGGUGGAAAUCAGAUUUGCUAUGUUCUGCUUUAAGGCCUGGAGUCUUUUAGUGUUAAGCAUCUAGUAUGAAGCAUUCACAGGAAUCUACUGUGCAAUAUCAUAGAAGCAAGCAGAUAUCAAGCGAGAAACUAAUGUUUGAAGAGUAAAUGGGAAAAAAGGCAGUGUUUAAAUAGUUACAUAGAAGCUCAUUUUUGCUUUUCUUGGAUUACUUUGGCUCUUCUAAUAUGUUUAGUUACAUACGGUAGCCCUGGGGCCUGAGGUGAAAAGCAUUGAAAUCUUGCCUUCUUUCUUCUAUACUUACUCUUUUUUUAUCUCAUCAUUACUCUUUUUUUAUCUCAUCAUUACCUAUUAUUUAGUUCUUACACUGAAGCUUUAAAAAUAUACAGUGCUCUUAAGUGUUUCUAAAAAUUCAAAUAAUUGGUUGGGGAUGCUAGAAAGUUUUUCUUACAAUGGUUUAUUUUUCCCCUUUUAUAAAUAAGUUGAGUAUUGCUAAAUUAUCCUCUUUUGUUUAUUGACUAGAUUGAAUAUCGUUUUCUCUUUUCCAAAUAUCGUGAUAUUUCUCUUGUGGUUACAACUCAAAAUAGAGAGUGGAUAGGAAGAGUUUCUAGACAUACACAAAGGGAUAUUCUUUAUAUGUUGCCCUGUUUAAUUAGACUUCUUUUCAUUCCAUCAUUUUGGAUGAUGGGUAAGAUUUUUUAAAAGCUUUAUAUUUUCUGAUUUUGUCGUCUGGUUUAAUACAACCUUUAAUAGUUACUUUGGUAAAAUUCCCACUUGAUUUUGGUAAUAACUGAUAAAAAUUCUACUGGUUUUUAACGUUUCUGGUUGGAAUGAAAGUUUAUUAAAGUUAUAUAGAAGGUAGGAAAACCUACACACCCAAGUUUUAUCUAAGAAGGAUAGGUUAUAAAGGGAGGUGCCUAAAACUAUUCUUUACUGAAAUCAUUUAUAUCUGCUUUUUAAUAAGAUAUGGAAUGGUUUAAACAGUGUUUUGAAAAAAAUCUACAUAUCUCUGACUUAUUUGACACAUGAGUUUUUCAAACAUAACUAUUCAGAGGUUAUUUUCCUUUAGCUACCUUCAUUUGCUUUCUAAGGAGGUAUAAUUCUUGCAAAAAUCAACAUAGAAUAAUCUUUCCCAAACUUAGGGAAAUGAGUAAAAACCAUGGUUAUUAAGCAGAACUAUCUAUUUUUAAUAAGUUGAUUAAAAUUUGUAACACAAGUCUUUUGGGCCAAACUGAAAGUUGUAAUUACAGUGUUUAAGAAGUCCUUGAGCAUUUUAAAGAGGGCUGAAUUUGUAUAUUCCUUAAUUUUUGGAACCUUUACUUUCUCAUGUUGACUUUCUUUCGUUUUAAGUAUAUUGUCCUAUGACAACUUUUCCCCAAGAAAUGACCAUUGCUAUUUACAUUUGAGUUUCUUUCUACAGAAAGACCUGUGGAAUAGGAAUACCUCAUUCUCUUUUAAAGUUUACUGCUUACUGAUGUGAUGUUUUGUUCAUUGGUAAAACAAAUCUAAAUAAGGAAUUUAUUUGAACUGGGUUUUAUUUUUCCAGAGGACAUUCAUAUCUGCACCAUUAUCUAUGACAUUUUGGUAAUUUUAAAGAUUAUAAGGCAGUCUAGAGAAUGAAAUACGUCAAUAGAUAGUCUUUUGAUUCUCCAAACAAAUAUAAUUUUUGUUUUUGUUCCUCGUAGAGAUUUUGAAAGUAAUUUUUGGAUGUUCUGUUCCCUACAGCGAGGUUUUUCCAGGACCUAAGGAAACAGGAAAUUAUCAUUCUCUUUCAUGAGUCAAACCUGAAAGCAGUAAUUUAGUGGUGGAGCUGCUUUAUGUGAACAGUUACACAUGCAUAUUUUAGCAAAAAUGACACAGAAAAAGCCAGAAGUUCUUGUAUAAAAUUUUUUACUAUUAUGUCUUAUGUAAUUGUGUCUUCUCUUUAAUUCAGUGCCUUCUUCCUCUAAGCAUGCUCUUGCUCCAUUCCCCAUGCAGUGUCAAGUGAUAUUUAAGUCAGAGAUGAUUAUGUUGUACUGGUGAGAGCCUUCUAUUGCAGGGGCAUGGGGAAAAGGACAUAUUAAUCAGGGGCUGGAGGAGUGCAUAUGAUUCUUUCCUGUGCUCAUGCCAUCAUUUGAAACCCUUCAUAUAAAAUUUUCGAAUAAUCAUUUGGAAAAUUCAUUUGAAGUAAUAUGAUGAUUACUUCAAAAUAAGAAUCUGAGGUUUUCCUCUUACUAUGCUUCUUCUUAAAGAUCUCUAAAAAUAAAGAGCAAAAUGUAUGGGUUUUUAGUUUAGUUGUUUUAAGUUUGUUUGUGUUAAGUUAAACUGGAGCAAGUUUGUCACCCUCAUUUCAAACUGGAAAAUAAACAACUGUAGUGCCUAUUUAAAUAGUCUCAAAUUAAGGUAACUAUUAACUUGACCAUAAUAUAUAACAUUGUCAUUGACAUUUGAAUUAAAAAAUAUUGAGCUCUUUUGGUCAUUUAAUACAUUGUGGAAAGUUGGUAUACCCUUUCAAACAUUCUUUAUUGGUUUAUUUACUCUUUGUUUUGACAGGUCAAACAUGAUUGCUUUCAAGUAAAAGAAAUGCAAGAGAAGUGACAGUAAUGGAUGUAUCACAAGUGUCAAAAAUUAUGUUUUAUAAAUACAUGCAUUUGGUGUUGCAUUUCUCUUUUAGCAGCUGAAUCCCAAACCAGUUUUAGUAAACUGGAUAAAGAAAUGAAGGAAUUGCCUUAAGCACUUUAGAAAAAGAAUUUUUUUACAAUUCAUUUUGACUCUCUGGGUUGACCAUGUCACGAUACAUCUUCAACUUUUGGUAAAUAUGUAUAUGCCAAGCAUUUAAUAACUGAAUGCACAUAGAAAUUUAAAUAUACAAUGAUUCUUUGAAUAUUCUAGGUAUAGGUAAACAAACUGAAAGUAUUGGGGGCGUGCCUGUCUGUACAUGGGUUUAAUUGAUGGCGUCUGUGCCAUUUUGACAAGCCGUGAACUGCUGCUGUACAGCUAGACUUGGUCUGCUUUGUUCUGCAAACAGUGAUUUUUCCUCAUGUUAUCAUCUAAAGAGACAUAUUGGCUUGGUUUUAUUUACUCAUUUAUGAAAUUAAAGCGUGAACAGUAUCAUGUAUAAUUGAAUUUUUUGUGACUGAUCCUUGUUGGUAUAAAUAAUAGAAGUAAAUAAUUGCUAAUGAAAUCUUUUAAUUAGGCUAAGAUACUCUGUUUCAUGACUUACCUAGGAUGAUUAGUUUUUCUCUAUAUACCUUUUCCAUAAAGUUAUAGUCACUUAUAUAUUUUUAGUUGUUUCUUUUGGAAACAUAGGGGAAAAAUGGAAAAGGGUAUAUAUGGAAAAUGGUUAUUUCAAAGAGUAUUAAUUUUAGAAGAGGACAGUAUAGACUUCUUACUGUAAAAUGUGUGAUUCCAGACUAAAAAAAACUAAGGACUGUAUUUUCAAGUUAUCAUAAUAAUUCUUUUUAAAAACCCCAUAUUUGUUAUAUCAGUGUUCAUUCACUGGCUAAUUCAUACAACAAAUAUUUAAGUGUCUGUGAUAUGGCAGUCAUACUUUGUAUUCAGAUUUCCAAAUUUGAUUUACUGUGCAUAUAGUUUUCCAGCUUUUGAGUGGUGUGACAAAGUUUGCAUCUUAAAAACAAUGUUUUGCUAAUAAAUCAGAAAUUUUAAAAAGUAAAUUUGUUAUAGUUUAUAAAAAAUUCAAAGUAACUGCAUAUAAUAUGAGUUACUUUUAUAUAGGCACAUAAAGUGAGUCUAGAAAGGUUUCUUUCUUGAUUUUAUUUUUACACUGGAUAUAUUCUUUUGGGGAAGAAUAUGGUCAGCAUAAAUUUACUCAGCAUCCAAGCAACCAUAAAGUUGUUAUUUUAAACCAAAAUGUACACUUCAUAAUGCCAGUCCUGGAGCAUUAUAAGAGAUCAUGAAUGUUUCUUUAAUCAUCACAGAAAGAUUACCUCAUGUUCAGUAUAGUUUUAGUUUUGUGUGUAUCUUACAGUAUUCACAUUAUGCAAAUAUUUGUGAUCCUUGUAUGUCACAUAUGAUAGCUUUGUUACCUGGAAUAUUUGAUUAAUGUAAAUACUGUAAGCUUUUUGAGUAAUUUGGAGUUUAAAUGGAUUACAUUUGGUAUAUAUUGUUUUUGUUGAAAAGAUAUUGUUGGACAUGCCAUAUAAAGGUUAGUCUUGGCUUAUAAAUAAAUACCAGAGGUUACCAUAGUACUUUUCUCCUCAGACUACUCGAUUAUUAAAUUAAAACAGUAUUUGUUAUUUCUGGGUCAAUAUAAGGUACUGACUUUUGAAUCAUAGUCAUUUGAACCAUGUUAGUUUAAACUGAUAUAUUUUCUUAAUGGUACCCGUUCAAUAUAAGUUAGUCCUCGGGAAUGGACAUGUAGAGGAUUUCAUAGUAUGUAGGGCAGAAGGUAGGUGAAUGUGUUUGCUUUGGCUUGGAACUUCUUAAGUUUGAACCAAUUUUAAAGAAAGUCAAAUUAUAAGUGAUUGGUAAAAAGCAUUUUAUUAGUAUUGGAACUUUUUGGAGAGCCUAAGGGCUAUGAGAAUGCAUAAUUUUUUUUUUAACAUUUCCAAUAUCUUUAAGGUACCAAAGUGCUGAGUCUAAUUUACCUUUUAAAAAGGAGACUCUUUAAAAUCAAAUUUAUAACUAAUUCAUACUAUAAGAUAUAUAAUAGCUAAAGUUUUAGAGUAAUUUAUAUUAAAAACCACUAGUCUUUAAAAUUUCUGGAUAUAAUGUAAAAGGUAGCUUGGCUUCAUUUCUUCUAAAGUAUUUAAAAUUAAUUACCUGAACUCUACCAUAUACAAGAUCUGUGACCUCUACAUAAAUCAUUUCUCGUCCUUGGGCCUCCAUUGCCUUACAUAAAAUAACUGUAACUUGUUCAGCCUACCUCACAGGGCUAUUGUGAGGAAUAAAAUGAAAUGGAGUAUGUGAAGUUGCUUCAACAACAGUAAAAUGCUAUAUAAAUGUAAGGUAUUAUUUUCAAUUAAUAAAAGAUUUAAGUGUU